GAAAAAGAAAGGAUGAUGAUGGAUGAGGGGAGCGACGGGGAAGAAAGUGAUGACACUGCUUACGACCGAAGUCACACCAUCCAGCAAUGUGACCUCCCAUGAGGACUGAUGCUGGCAAGCUCCUCCUCCUCCUUUGUUUGGCUCCUCCUCCUACUUCUCUUUCUCCAUCUCAGCGACUGUGUGCCCAUUGACAGUGUGAUGGCACCCUUCUCAGGCCUGGUCAGAGAACGUCUGCUCUAUACAGGAAACAGGAGGCAAGGUCUUUUCAUGGAAAUUGAUGCUGAUGGCUCUGUGCAAGCCUCUCCUGAUCCAAGCUCUAACUGUGUUCUGGAGCUGCGAUCACUGAGUCCAGGAAAGACGAUCAUUCAAGGAGUAAGAACCUCUCUCUUCCUGUGUGUAAACUCACAGGGACAUCUAAGAGGACAGAGGGAUUAUGUUGAGGAAGAUUGCACCUUCAGAGAGUUGCUGAUGGAUUCAUACACACUGUUUCUCUCUCCACACACCGGCCUUCCUGUUUCACUCCGUUUUAAGGGAAACAAGCCAGGGAGGAGGAGAGGCCCUUUACUCUACCACUUCCUCCCAGUGAUGAACAAUCAGGUAGUUAUGGAAGAGGGUGAAACAGAGGAUCUGGGUGUCCCGAGUGUAGAUCUCGAUAAGAAUGACCCGUUUGGCUCUGGCCUGGUGUCACACUCCAUCUUUAGUCCUUCCAUGCACAAAAAGAAGAAGAAACGAGGCCUGCAGUGACUGGCUCUUUUUUAUCCUAAAUUAUUAUUUAAUUUUAUUUUAUUUAUAUAUAAAUUACAGUCAUGUGAAAACGUUGGUCUUUUUAAGCACAUUGGAACAUAUGAACAUUUGAUCUACAUUUUAAAAGUAUUAACAGAUAGAAGUUAUAUAUUUAAACACGGAAAACUGAAACAUCAAAUUCAAGACUGCAAGUCUCCUUCAAACCUAAAAUGUCAUACAGGAUGUAAAAAUUGUCUUUUAACACAGUCGAUGUCAAACUACAGCAUCUAAAGGGACCACACAAGUCCUCGACAUUGUCUAUGUGCUCUCUGGCAAACUUUGAACAAAAGUUUUAAUGCAGUGUCCUAAUAUUGACUGCAUAUGGGCAAUGUUACUUAUUUUUGUAAAAUGAUAGGAUCAUUAUAGCAUAAAACAGACAUCAAAACACAUUACGUAUAAAUAUCUCCCAUCAUGUAGAAUUUGUAAAUACACUUUAUCUAUGCAUUAAAAAAAAUGUAUUUAUUGAUGUACAACUGAAUUAUUUGUUUGUAAAUAUAUUAUUACAAAACUUUGUAAAAAUACAUUUAUUUAUUCAUGUAAAAUAGUAAAAUGUGUUAAACAGCAUUUACAUUGUUCUGUACUGUAUGUGUUUGGAUGUGUAUAUGUGUUUUUUUUUUUCUAAUACAGAUCUGUGCAGAAAC